AUGGGAGGAGAAAUAGUGAACAUCGUGAGUGCCUAUGCCCCACAGACCGACUGCAAUGCGGAGGAAAAGGAUGAAUUCUAUGAAAAACUCGAUGACGAAUUGAGAGAGAUACCAACGAGUGAAAAGUUAUGGAUUGGAGGGGACUUUAAUGGCCACUGUGGAAAUGACAACAUUGGAAAAGAGGAAUAUACUGGCAAACAUGGAGUGGGCGAGUGCAACGAGGCAGGUGAACAGUUUAUGGACUUUGCGAUUGACUACAUUUUAUGCCAAACGAUUGAAAAAGCAAACAUCAGAGAUUGCAAGGUUAUCUUAGGUGAGUGUGUAAUGAGCCAGCACAGACCAGUAAUCUGCACGCUGAGUGGGAAGAAAUUAGAAUUAAAGAAACUUGCAGGAAAAAGCAAGACGGACAAGGAAACAUGGUGGUGGAAUGAGGAGGUACAACAACACAUCAAGCUAAAGAAAGAAACCAAAAAGAUCUUAGACCAGGAGAACAACAUAGAAAAUAGAGAGGCCUACAAGAUUGCCAAGUAA